AUGUAUUGUCAAAGCCUUAAUAUUAAACUCUUUUUUGCAAGCCAUUCUCAUAAUUUAGAAAAUUCUCAAAAUAAAUGCAAAUUUGGAGUCGGGUCCUAUUACAGAUACAUUUGGGUCAUAAAUGGACUUAAACCUUACCCAACAAAUCAAAGGUGCAUUUAUAUAAACUCAUUAAAAAAGCUUUAUAUGCAUCGUAAUAGUUACAUAGCGCCUAAAUUCAAGAAGGCAAAAUAUGAUGCAACAUUUCUACGCCCUUCUUUGAGGUUUCUAAUAUCACAUAUCAUGAUUGCACCUGCAGCAUAUAAUAAUGUUGGUAGUGUUGGUGCUAACAAUACUAAAGGUCUCUUUAAACGAUUAUUCAAUGUAUCACUUUUUGAUCAUAAUACACAUCAUAUAAAACUAACUUAG